UUUAGACGCAGUCAAAGUUCGACUGAACUUUCAAAAUGGAAUCCAGCUCUAAUUUGGGGAAUAGAUCAGAAGGUGAUCUUUACCCGGUGGAUCUACCGGUACAGCAUUAUUGCGAGUUAAAUGCAGGAUGUGAAGAAUACCUGUCGAGCGUUAAAUCAGACGGUGCCAUGGCGCACAUCUUUUCUAAUGGAGAGAAAGUGCAAGUAACUUGUAAAAACAUAGGUCGACUUGCUUUUCUGAGUGAUGGUGACAUGCCAUAUUUCAUUCUUGCUCUACACAUGCCUGAGGAUGAAACCAAUGUGGUUGCUGUGUACUUGCACGGCAAAUGGUGGCCAAUUGGUGAUGUUUUGAAGACGUCAGACAAAUCCAGACGUGGACUUGUGUUAGUGAAGUCUGUCAUGGAGAGAGUGGUGCUGUUCCUGCUCAGUCAGGUUAUAUUUGGAAUUAUGGAGAAGACUCUCAAAGACGACCUAUAUUUUUCAGCCUUUUCCCUGUGGGAACAUGGCAAAAUUCUCUGGCAUAAUGGAGAAGCGGUUGGGUUUUACACCAUCAAAAAAAAGGGCAGCCUUUGUGAUGGUUACACUGGCCAGAGCUAUCAGCUCCCCAUGCUGGACACUGUGUUUGUCCGCUCUCACUGGAGAAGGACUGGUCUUGCUUUACAGAUGUUGGAGGAUUUCUGCUUAUCUCAAUCCUCGGAGGGGAUUCUGGGAAUAAGCUUUCCAAUGUCUCCUGGCAUGUAUGGAGUUUGCGAGAAGUAUCUAGAGAUCCACAAAGAAGAGAGAGAUCGUCUGUAUGAGGUGGAAGCACCCGGCGAAUGGACUCAAAGACGCAAUGUGUGGUUAAACAUCCAGCUGCAAAAGCUCCCACAGGACUCAGCAUGUGGAGAUUUAGAGCAGAGUCCACAUACCAGUCAUGAAAGAAGGAAACUUGAUUUAGACGUGGGGACACUGCAACAAUGUGGAUCAUCAGUCUGCCCUAAAGACCCAUCAGGCAGUGCAAAGAAGCGACCAGCUGGUCAGUCCAAGACCACAACCAACUACAAAAAAACCAGGACUUAAUAUUUAAUUACAGUGUAUUUAAUUCAUCAAUUUAAGAAAGUAUGUUUCUUUAUAAACAGUAUAAGCGAGUCUCUGACUGAAAAAUACACAUGGGCUGCCCUGAGAGUAUAAGUUAUAUUUUAAAGUUUCUUUAUGAGAAGAAAAUGAGGAA